AUGACGAUCAUGAUACAACCCAGUAUUGCAGAUGCUCGCAACUGUGUUUAUGAGACUAUUGACAGCAGAGCGGUUGAACUGCGUCAGUUGGACAGAUACAUUCACAACAAUCCGGAGCCUGCAUAUGAAGAGGUUAUCGCGCACAACACACUGAGCACUUUUCUCGAAAAGGAGGGAUUCGAGGUGAAAAGACACGCUUACGGCGUCGACACUUCUUUUGAAGCUGAAUUUGGCUCCGGUGGCCGUCUGGUUGUAUACUGCGCCGAGUAUGACUGUUUGCCUGGCAUAGGCCAUGCCUGUGGGCAUAAUCUCAUUGCGACCGCGUCGAUGGCAGCUUUUGUGGGCUUGGCGAGGACUCUCAAGAAGCUUCGCGUGCCAGGCCGUGUUCGUAUUUUAGGAACACCUGCAGAGGAGGGGGGUGGGGGGAAGGUCAAGCUCAUCAAUGCUGGUGCUUUCAAGGACGAUAUAUCUGCUGCAAUAAUGUCACACCCGAUCGCAGCACAUUCUUACGAAGCUCCCUAUACCGGGAUGGCUGGUUUCAAGCUUAUAGCUAGCUACAAAUUUCGUGUUGAAUUCUUUGGCAAAGGUGCGCAUGCUGCAGGCGAGCCUUGGAACGGCAUCAAUGCGUUAGAUGCUGCAGUCACGGCUUACAACUCAAUCUCAAUGCUGCGGCAGUCGAUCCACCCGGAUGAGAGAAUCCAUGGUGUGAUUGAAGCCGGCGGAACAGUGCCCAACGUUAUACCUGAUUACACUCGAAUGAACUGGUAUAUUCGAAGUCCAACAUUAGCUCGUGCAUCACUGUUGGUUGUGAAGGCGAAAGCGUGCUUCCAAGCCGCUGCUGAUGCGACCUCUUGUAAAUUGAACUACAUACCCUAUGUCGAGGACAUGGAGCACAUUGGAGAAAAGGUGAUUCUUAAACAAGAUACCCCAGGUUCAAUUUCUUCAGAUAUGGGCAAUGUCUCAUACGAAGUCCCGAGCUUUCACGGCGUCUUUGCUAUCCCAGCACCUUUAGAUGUAACAGGCCACCAUCCGUCGUUUGCUGCAGCAGCAGGAACGGACAAGGCGCAUGGUGCGGCGAUACAAUGCGCGAAAGGAAUGAGCAUGUUGGGAUGGAGAGUGUUAACGGAUGACAAGAUAGCAGAAAGUGCGAGGAAAGACUUUGAUUCAAAGGAUAGUUAG